AUGUUGGGUUUCUUAGACUAUGAGUUAGUACUUUAUGAGGAGAAACCUGUUACAAUCACUGAAGAGUCUUCUGAAGAAGUGAAGUUGUUGUAUGCUAAAUGGACUAAGGCUAAUACCAUGGCCAUCAGGUUGAUCCGUGCUUCUAUUGGUGAGAUUAUUUGUGGUGGUAUUCCUGUAUUUGAUACUGCCAAAGAGCUUCUUGAUUUAAUUAAGAAGAAGUUUAUGGGUACCAAGAAGCAACUUCAGUAUUAUUAUCUGACACAAUUUAUGUCAACCAGUUAUGAUGGCAGUGGUUCAGUAAGGGAGUACAUUUAUAAGAUAUGCAAGCUGGUUAAUGGUCUCAGGGAGUAG